UCACUGUGUCAAAGAGCACAAAGUUCAUGUGCUGAGCAGUGAAGCAGUGAGUUAACAGUGAUUCCUGGCAGCUGAGGAAAGAAACGACUUCCCACAUGGACUCUAACACUGCCGGCAACGUGAAAUAUGAUCGCUGGAAUGAGACCGUCAACAUGAAUGAAGAGGCCUCACAGUCCACUACGAUGAGGAUCUACAACAGAGUGUGCAGGCCUAUUGUCAGCAGUGGAAUAGCAGUGAAGGCAGCAGGAGCUUUGUCUGUAGUGGUGUCCAUGUACAUUCUAGGAUAUGUAACAGGAUACUACAUCCAUAAGUGUUGAUGAUGGAGACAAGACAUUUCAGAUGAACCACGUUAAUGGGAAACCAAAUCAACUGAAGAACAAGUUACAUUUUUGAUGGGAUUCCUCAUUGUUCAUAUCAACAUUUUUGACACACGGGAACUGAAAGUUAUGUAAAUUAAAUCUAUAUUCUGAUUAAUA